CCGGACUUGGUCUAGCGUGUUGUUGGCCCAUGUUUUACAGUAUGGUAACUCUGCUGCGGUAAGUUACCCCGGGAAGUUGGCAGUCUGGAUGUAUCAGGUCGAGAUGAGUUGGGCUCAUCAUUUCAGGUAUAAGGCCUUCGGCAUGAAAUAGAUUCAAUUCUCACAGUCACUGCUCCCUGGUAACACAAGAAAAAGCUUGUGGGCGAAUGGGGCAAGUACUGUCCCUUGUUAACCAUUAUAAAUGCAAUGGACGGCUUCAGUCCCAACUCUCAUAGCAUGGGUUAACGGAAUGCCCACCGCACCGAGCUUCAGAUCCGAUCGGAACCCGGGGGACGCCUGGAGGGUCGGUUGCCAUGACCAAAGAUGUCGAGUCCAAUUGCCGAUAGUCAGACUGAUCCUUCCAUCAAGUGGUAGAGAAGCGGGAGGUGGGGAAUCUCAGGUGGGGAAGAAAUGGGGUGUCCCUUGGCGGAUUCGAAUGGUAUUCAAGACGAUAGUAUCAUCACCAACAAUAUAUAGGCAGAGUUGAAGUUCAAAAAUUUCAAUAAAGUGUAGGUUAAGAGCAUUAGGCAUGGAAGAAUACAUGACAUAUCCCCGCAUAGAAGGCCGAAUUCUCCGCAAUUUUCCCACUCUGAUUGGAGUGGGGGAUGCAAGGCGCGCGAGUCAGCCGCAAGGACAACAAACAAGUGAAUCUAACGUAGUGAUACUAUAGCCUUUCCCACUUGCUCAGUUUUGCGAAGAGCCAGUAUAUAAAGGCACAGUUGAUUAGAAUAGACGAGCUCAUAGAC